AUGUCGCCGUUAAAUGAUUCACUCAUAGGUUUUAUUCAAAAUCCUAUCCCUCAAUAUGUACUUGUUUGUUUGCCAGCUGCAGCUACUAUUGGCACCUCGCCAUAUUCUAGUCUUAAAAAGAAAAUGUUUUGGUUAUUACGUUGCCUUGGAUGCCCUUUUACAGGAUUGUUUUAUUCCUGCAACACAGCAGACAAUACAAUUACCAAGUGCAUAUAUUGGCUUUCGUCAAAGCACUUUCGUACUAAAGGAGAGGAAAGCAAUUCUUCCCCUUUUUGUAGACCCGUUGGACAUUUUUCAAUGAUAGUUGAUCCAACCGAAGAACAAAAAGAGAGAAUGGGUCACUGUGUCUCAAAUCCGACCUUGUUAGAAAGAAUUUCAUCAGGGGUAUCAUUUUAUUAUAUCUGCGCUGGUAUGUUCGUUGGUAUCUCUAGAAUAAUAGGGCCUUGUUCAGAAGAGGAUUGGCCAUACAUACCAUUAGCAUUGGCUUGGACAUUACCAGCAGUUGUUAAAAGAAUACGCGGAGCGAAAAUUGUAAUUAAAGAUCCUAGAAAGGAACUACAAGAAAACGAGCAAAUAUUGGUGUUUAAACACCCAGAAACGGAUGUAGAUGAUAAGAAUAAUACAGAUGCUCAUGUUUUUAUCACUGCUUUAGCUUCAAUAGUAAUCCCUUGGAUAGUAGUACUCUUGGCUUACUUUACAGCACCAAUAGGGUUUGGAUGUCGAGCUAAAUUCCUCUCGAUAUUAUGUACCAUAUGGACAAUCAAUAGUACUAUCGCUUAUUUAUAUCAUAUGUUUGGUAAAGAAAAAUAUGUUAGCGGUAGUAGAGUUAUUAAUGGCAUUUUUUGUGCUAGUGGCUGUAUAAUUUCAAUUCUUUUGUUUAUACUCGGCUUGUUAAGCUAUUCAACAUCAUGGUGGACUAGUUUAUUUGGACAAAUUUGUGAUAUAUCUAAU